ACACAUGCUGGUACUAGAGUGUAUAAUAAGAGGUAUAAUCGGUGUCUUGAUCGCGGGAAUAAGCCCUUCGGUCGGGCCCAGCUGGUGGUGUAUGGCUGCGAUGAGCAUCAGAGUAACGGCAAUCAGCGUUGGUAUUGGGACGGGGGCCGCAUUUACAGUCCGAAUCGUCCGAUUUCAUCGUUCCGAGCACAGGCUGUGAAAGUUGAUGAGAAUAGUAAGGAAACUCUGUGUAUGCUGGGACCGCAAGCAGAUGGAAAGCAGUUAGAGGUGCCUCCCGAACAGGAAUCUAAGGGAGAUGAUCUUGUUAAGGAGGCGAACAAGUACCCGCUGGUUUACAUAGAGCCGUGCCGGGCCAGGCCAGAAGCUGGUCAGCGGGUUUCAGCGGACCCUUUUGAGUUCGAGAGCAUUUGA